AUGAAGUAUGAUAUCCCAACUCUACUGGCUCUUCGCCACGACGCUCGUAUAAGUGUUGAGAAAUUCAGUCCCCAAGCACUAGGAAAUAACUUGAUUCGUGGAAGAAAUGCAAAUAUGAGUGCUCUAUCAGAACGCACUAUCAACGGAUCAAGAGAUGCGUCGAAUACUUCACACCAGAGGGAGGCUGCUUCCUUGGCUACAGGAGGCAGUCAACGGCUUCCUUGUCGCCAGCCAAGUAACCCCCCGCAAGGAACACUGGCACAGACUGACGCUGGGUUUGCGCGGUUCCUGAAGGAGCAUGCGUCUCCUAAACACCAACGAGUUACUGCUGGCGGCCGAAUCGUCCCCAUGAGCCCUGCUCCGGCUCCGAAGAUGAAGUUGCCAGAAACGAGUCAGGAUUCAAAUGAAUACAAAGGCAGAGAGCCAAUGACCCCAACCUGGAAUGGACGCGAUGCCAACGAGACACCUGUCAAUAGUCUGGAAGGCAAUCCCAGCUUCAGCGAUGACUUCAAUGGCCCUUCGAGUUCGGCUAGAUUGACUGAUGAAUGUGCAAAGCUGUCGGAAGGUUAUCCCAUACUUGGCCCUAAGCUGCAAGCUCCAAGUUUGUUUCCAAAUUUCCUGUCUGUUCCAAUCACCUCCUCCCCGUUUCUGCAACCAAAUGUCUCCUUGCCGUUCAAUAGUCAGCCACUUCUUCAGCCAGAACCACAGGUGCAGGACUACAUGACGGUUUUCCCAAACUACCUUCUGCAAAAUUUAGGAGCAGAGCCUCUUCAAUGGGUUCCUAGCUUCAGUCAUCCGUCAAGCUCGCAGAACUCUUCUGCUUCCUUUACGUCAAGCCAGUCACAGUUUGUUGGUUCAGGAAUGCAGUCAGAUAGCCCGGCAUGCUCCAGCUUGUUCGGGGUGAAUCAUCAACCCUUUUUCAAUCCAGUGAUGCCUGGCUCUGACUCGCUUCUUCCACUUCUUGGGCAUCCUGGACAUCCCGGGGGACGGAUGGCCGCUAACAAUAUAUCAGCAAUGAACGUGCCACUUCAUCGAGGAACCUUCAACCAAAUGACGGGUUUUAAAUCACUGCAGGGCAUCAAGAAAGAAUAUGAAGUACUUUCCACGCAGCUCUCCCGUUUGGACCGGUACAUGGCCCUGCAUACAUGGGAACUAAGCCCGCGUUCAAAAAGGUCUCUAGUCGAACGGCGAAUAAACCUGGUUCGUGAGUUGGACACGGUACGGUCAUACAAAGAACAGCUUGAGUCGGUGGCCACAGCGUCAGAGUCAACCAGACUGGACACUCAAAAGCAACCAUCAACGGAGUUCCCAGUAGCUGCGGCUCAGUUCGUAGCUGGAGGCAACGCAAAUGGGCAUAAUAUGCCAAUUCCUUGGCCCAAUUCCAUAGCUAACUAUGGAACUCCCGUCCUAUAUUCUCCUGUUGGUAGACUGCCCCAGUCACUGCCAGUAAACGAGCCAUUCGACGCAGCCUUCAAUUUGAAAGGAAACGAGAACCCGUCUUCAUUCGACAACAGUUCAGGACUAGCGGGUGUCCAUACAGGAAUGCAUACGAAUAACUCCUAUGAGCUUGAUUCUCGAUGCAAUUGGAGUGCGGGUCGAGAAAGUAUGGAACAUGGUUUCCAAUCACUGGAUGCCGAGUCAACAGGGAGCAAGAAACCACUGGACCCAGUGAAAGCAGCACCCGCCAAUAUCCGUCAAAUCUAUCGUGAAAUCGAAGAUGCGAUCAGCCGCGGCGAUUCCGUCGAAGACCUCAUUAAAGACCUCGCGGCAAUGACGGCAAGAAAUGCGAGGACGAAUAACAAUUCCAAUGGCUCACCACAACCUGGUCCCAAGCGAUUGUCCAAGGCCUCCAUGUCUGCUCCGAGCACUCGGUCGUUCAGCCGUCAGGGACUGCAGGGUGUGAAUAGACAUGUAGCUGGUGUGGGGAGCAAUUCUGAACCGAACUAUGCCACGCGCCGGCCCGCAAAGGCUGAAGGGGAUGCACAGCGGGAAGCACAUACAGCAAGAAGGACAUGGAAAUCAGAAGGAAGUAUGAGGACUCGCUCGUCGUCCUAUGUUUCGACUGAUUCGUGGGCUACCAGUCAGGAAGACAAUGGCAAAACCCAUAAGCGGUCUGGGAAAGGUAACAAAAUUGGGCAUCAAGGAAGUGCACUUCAAGCAAGGGCAUGGGAAAAUUCUGAAGUCAGCGCAAGAGCGAAGAGGGCGACUGUCCAUCGGGCACACGACUCAGCGGCGUCAAACAACUCAACCAACCCUGUCGAGCAGGCUGUAUCAGAUAGCAUGAAACCAGUCUAUCCACAAUUUCUCACGCAGUGUCUUAACGGCAAACGAGACUUCAUCUCACAGAAGACUACGCCCGCCGCUGCAGUUUCGCAGAAAGUCAAUGCACAUGGUUUUCUUCCUCCGUUCGAUGGCGCUGGGGACAUACCGGUCUCAAAGCAGCCCCAGGCGGAUACUGAUGACCGUCUUGCACUCGGAGGAGCAGAAAACGGCAACUCGCAGCAACGUCCGUGGUACAUGAAGAAGCGACGAGAGAAGCCAAGCCCAGCAAUCUUGCGGGAGUUCUUCCAUCGCAUCCAGGUGGAAGAAGCAAACAUGAUUUACAAGUAUCAUAUGGAACAUCCGAAUGCGUUAUCGUUCGAUUGAACAUUCCUUAGCUGUUUGGGGGGGAAGAGAUGCAUCCAUGCGCAGAUGGCGGUUUCGUUAAUAUGCUACCGGUCGGAGGCAAUGUGGACGGCCACAAGCAUGGGAGAUAUUGGAGGUAUUGGAGCGAUGAUGGUUAUUAUUGCAUGACAGCAUGCUUCCUAAAUGCGUCUGAGAGCUCCGUAGAUAGAGUAGAAUUAGGUUAAGAAUAGGGAUAAGCUUAGCACGGA